AUGGCGGCGCUGCGGCGGCUCCUGGCGCGGCGGCCCGGGGCCGUGCAGGCGCUGACCGCCGGGGCACUGAUGGGAGCCGGCGAUGUGAUCGCACAGCAGCUGGUGGAGCAGCGCGGGCUGCACGGGCACCACAGCCAACGCACCCUGAAAAUGACAGCCAUCGGCUUCUGCUUUGUGGGCCCCGUUGUGGGCGGCUGGUACAGGAUCCUGGACCGGCUCAUCCCAGGGGCCACGAAAGCUGUGGCUGUAAAGAAGAUGAUGCUGGACCAGGGUGCCUUUGCACCGUGUUUCCUCGGCUGCUUCCUCGCCAUCACCGGGGUGGUGAACGGGCUGUCGGUGGAGCAGAACUGGGCCAAGAUCCAGCAGGACUACGUAGAUGCGCUGCUCACCAACUACUGUAUUUGGCCGCCGGUGCAGAUCGCCAACUUCUACUUCGUCCCUCUGGUCCACAGGUUGGCUGUUGUGCAGUGCGUUGCCAUUGUCUGGAACUGCUACCUGUCCUGGAAAGCAAACCGGCUUUGAGGGGGGGGAGCCGUGCUCCAGGUGCCCCCACCCACCACCUCUGGGGGCUCAGCCAGGGAGUGUGUGGGGCUGGAGCACCGUGUGGUCCCCCACAGAGAUGCUAUGGCAGCAGUGACCCCGUGGGGCUGUGAGACCGCUCUGUCCGCGCUCCGUGUCCUGCCUAGCACGUGGGGUGCUCCGUCCUUCCCCAGCCUUGCUGCUGGUUCACACCCCACGUGCGACAGUGCACUACAGUACCUCCACCCAGACUCGUCCUUCAGGAGCACCCAAUAAAUGCAGAGCUCCGCUGCUCCUGGCAACGCGUGAA